AUGCAUGGCCAGGCAGACUUAGCCAUUUCGACGCUCAACGAUAUGCGUUCUCAUGCAGAGAUGAUCGCGCAGUUGGACCCGUCUAUUCCCAUUAUUGCGGAUGCGGAUACCGGAUUUGGAGGGCCUAUUAUGGUUGCCCGCACGGUGUCCCAAUAUGCACGAUCCGGAGUGGCCGCUUUGCACAUAGAAGAUCAAAUCCAGAUGAAAAGAUGUGGCCAUCUCGGAGGGAAGAUUCUGGACGAUACCGAGUCCUUCCUGUCGUGUAUUCGAGCCGCAGUCCAGGCCAGAAAACGGAUAGGGAGUGAUAUUGUUAUCAGUGCGCGGACAGAUGCCUCGCAAAUGUACGGUUACGAGGAGAGUCUCGCUCGACUGAAGGCCGCCCGUGAUGCGGGAGCCGAUAUGGGAUUCUUGGAGGGUGUCUCAUCGAAGGAAAUGGCCCGCCAGGUGGUUCAAGACUUGGCCCCUUGGCCAAUACUUCUGAACAUGGUCGAACACGGAGCAACUCCAAUAAUCUCGGCCGAGGAGGCGAAGAAUUUUGGAUUCAAAGCCAUUAUCGUUCCAUUCGCCGCACUGGCCCCUGCUUAUGUGGCGAUCAAAGAGACCUAUGAGAAGCUGAAGCGAGAAGGGAUCACAGGCUCUGAUUCUAGUUUUACUCCACAGAAGCUGUUUCAGAUUUGUGGCCUGAAGGAAAGCCUUCAGAUAGACACUGAAGCAGGCAGCUCCAACUUCAAGGUCGGCGUAGACUUGAAGAAGGCUUAA